UCUGUACAUUUAAUACAGGUGACAAAUGUGGCAAACAAAAAGGAUUAUUUUCAGUCGCGGGACCAUUCUACUUAAAGAACCGCUGUAUUUAGCGCAGAGGAAGACCCUGCAGGGCAGCCUGACCCAAAGCUGCACAGUUCUAAGCAAUUUGAUAGCUUUGACCAAAUAUCAUGUUUACUGGACUCCAAACGAAGAGAAGUCACUGAAUCUGCUCUGGACGAUGCGACUCACGGCAAAUGCUCAGAAAUAGUUUUGGGCGAACUUGGUUCUGAAAAUUCCAUUGCAGCCUUUGACGAGGAUCUAAUAGCCUACACGGCAGGCCAGGGAUGUCUGCGAGAGGGAUCCGGAGCCUGGCCGUCUGUCUAGACCUUUCCAGAGCCCAGCGGAAGGUGGCCUCCUAGCUGCAGUGUACGGCUCCCAGAACAGGCUCACUCCCCCACAGCGGCCAACACCAGCCUGUUCUUUAAAAAGCCCCCUCUGCCUUCAGACCAAUGCUACAUUAUUUAUAGCAUGGGAUGCAUCAAGUCCAAGCACCGCGACCGUCCGGAGAACGCCAGGCCCGUGCAGAAGGCAGACGGCCCUCUGGAUAAACAUGAGGGUGAAAAAGUGGCCCUGGUCGCCACGGAGACCGGGCCGGGCCAGGACUCCCCGAAAAUCGAGCCGGCCCUGCUGGACUACGCCCAGCGGCUGUCGGAGGAGAUCGUGGCGGGAGCCGUGCAGCAGUGGGCGGAGGUAGACAGUCGCUACGGCGACAUCCCCUACAUCGAGUGCGACCUGCCCUGAAGCCAAACCGCCAUGGGGGGUUUCUCCCCCUCUUCCUCCUCCUCCUCCUCCUCCUCACCGCACAGCGUCUGAGAUCUGCCCCCACGGAGGGGGGCGGGGGAGCUGGAGGUCGUUUGCCCCGGCCAGCCGGCUCUCGGCAGGGACAGACACCGCACCCAUUCUGCCCGGAGUGGGAUGCACAGCGGAAACACAAGGGUGACUUUAGCCGUGUUUUAUUGCACAGCUAAUCCAUACUGAGGCCUGCUCUACACACACACACACGCACACAUGCACGCACACACGCAGACGCGCACACACGCAGACGCACACAUGUACAUGCGCACACACGCAUGCACGCACGCAUGCACACACGGACAUUUUGGCUCUAUUUUCUAAGUGCAGUGUGGUGACCUUGACUAUCUGUGUCCCAUCAUGUGAUCCUUUCAGCGGAGGUUCCUGCACACGCAGUGGGGGUUUAAAUAUUGACUGCACAAAGCAGCCACGUGUACAACUACACACGACAGAUAAAGAGCAUUAAAGAGGACUGGAAAAUAUGUGAGGAUCACAGACGGGACGGAUCACAGCUCACAGUCAUUCGCAGGUCUCCUUGUAGCACAUACUUCUUUCCAGCAUAUUUUUCCCGGGCAUUUCUGGUUCGGCCACUCUCCGCUGACAUGACCAAUCACUGCUGAACUACAAGUGGGAUGUUCAGCAAUGUCCAAUCAGAACCAUGUAUUAAAGAAAAUGUUUGUGCAAAUUCAUGAACCGAGGUCCGUAGGUAGCUUUAAUGCUAGCUACUGUGCAAACAGCUAGCUAUAGAUACAUAACCUUAAUAGCUGUAUUAAACAUACUCAAACAUGUCAUGUACAGUAUACCUGCACAUACAAGCUGAAUAUAUACGUUUACAGUCCCCUUCAAAAGUAUUGGAACAGCAAGGUCAAUUCCUUUGUUUUUGCUGUAGACUGAAGACAAAGUUUGAGGUCAAAAGAUGUACAUGAGAUGACAGAAUCAAAUUUCAGCUUUUAUUUCUUUACAGGUUAAUUAUACAAAAACAUCAAAAUACAUUCAGUCGAUACAGUUCAGUGCUAAGGAGCUGGAAAUGCCCAGGAAAAAUUGGGAAUGAUAAUAGGCUGCAGGAGCUGACUGGCUGGAUGUCUCUGGACGCGGUGUCGGACUCUCAAAGGUCAGAGCUAGCACAGGUCAGAGCACAGAAGAGGAUUAGCCCUACCUGUCGAGGUUUACGGAGAGUACGGUGUGGAAUUUCAUAGCACUGUGUUGGUUUUAAUAUCACAGUAAUUAAGUAGCAGAGUAUAUCGGUACAUUUUCUCAGGAGGAAGUCGGGGGGUGUGUGGGGGGGGGGUGGUAUUGCAGUUACAUGAAAAUCUGCCGUCUACUCACGUAGCAUCCUGGUGUCAAAAUUCAGCUCCCUGACUGAGAAGUUAUUAAUAGGUAUUUUGUGCCUCCACUAUCAACUCAUACUGUAAGUGCCCCCCACCCCCAAACCGCCUCAUUUAACAGCCUAAGAUGUAUUGCCGAACCAAAGGAAUUGCCCUAGAUAGUGAGGCUCAACUGGAGGAUUUUAGCAGAGGGACAGGGGGUCAUUCUGGAGGCUGAAGAGAGAACCAAAAUAUUUCAUUCAGCCAAAGGCCCCCACCCUGAGAAUCACAAGAAGAUCAGCUUUGGUCAAGGAAAUUCAAGACCAGCCACUUUGACAAAGCCAAAAUGUACUAUGAUGUACUGCCACCUGCCAAUUGUAUUAUGCAGCACAAUUCUCUGUGGCCUUGGCAUUCGCUGAUGUUAAUGUUGUUACGAAAUCGCCCAAUGCUUUUUAAACCUGCACAGUGGAAAAUCAAGAGGCCCACAUCACUCUGAAAGGAUAGCACAAGCACAGCAGUGUUCGUGUGGGAAGUUUUCUAAAAUAGUAGCAAAUUCCCGCUUUGUACUAUUUAUAAUAAAACGGACAAUGUUAAAGGGCCAUUUGAAACCCUCCAUGCUUAAACAGCAUGGCGUUAGCCCAGUUAACCCACAAGGUCUACGGCCACGGGGGGCUCAAUCCAAUCGCUUAUUUUCUUUUUCUUGCUCUAGCUCCACCCAUCGGGAGGGGCUAGAAAAAGAGGCAAGAAAAAGGAAUGAAGAUGGGGAAAUCAAGGAAACGUGAAUUUGGCAAACGUAAUGUCCUUGCUCCUUCAAACGUCUGUUCGAAGCCACAUCUGUAACUAUUAGUACUUCCGCAAAGGAUUCAAGGAUGUUUUCUUCUUCAAAGCAAAGAUUAGGAACUUCUACUUCUAGCUCUUAGAAGGAACAUAUAGCAGGUCGGAAUGUCCUUAAAGAUGGCAGACGUCAAUUGAUUUCCAGGUUAGGAGCAAGUAAAAGAAUAAACAGGAGAAAAAUAAGUGACUGUAAUGAGCCCAGAGACUGCCGGGGCCUGAAUAUGCCAGAACUGCAGCGCUGAGUCUGGAGGACCCAAUCACAACAGAGAUUGGUGGCAACCGUACUUUCCUACUGAAAAGUACAAGAUGAUGUCAGUUGAACUUUAGUGUUGUGUCUAUUGUUAUGAUUUUAAACAGGGUAUAUUGUAAAAUAUAAAAUAGUAAAUCACAAACAGGACAUAGCCAUCAUUUGUAAUCUUACAGUAUAUUACACCUCAGAACUGCUCUAUUAGUGAAGAUACCUCUGAGGUUGUUGAGCAGUGUUAUACGAAUACUGUCAAACCAUUCAAUCCAGAAAAAACAAAACAACAAAAAGAAUAAAAAUGUUCCUUAGUUAAUUCAGACUGAGAUUCAUCCAAUGGGCCACCAACAAAGGUAAAUUAUGCAAAUAACUGAAAAGGCCCCCAUAGAUUACAAACUGCAUUUCCAAACUAGAUUGCUUUUUUUUUUUUCAACAAAAUGAAUGGUGGGAGUCUUUUAAUUAAAUAAUCAGGCAGGAUGGCAAAACAUUAUGAAAAGUCAUUUUAGAGCGUUAAUAUAAUGAGGUUAUAGACCGGAUGUGUAUCACGGUUCAGAGGCCCGUAUGGCGCCAGAAGAAGUGUCAGAAGGUGCUAUAUUAAACAUCAGCCUUUUGAGCAGCCACUCAGCGUGGCCGUUAUGUCUUCACACACUGCUGUGAUGCUCAAAUCAAUACGACGUUUGCUGUAGGGAUGCUAUGAAGUGCAAAGAAAGUAAAAAUGAAUAAGGAAAAACAUCUUCCAAUAUUAUCCUGCCACUAUUUUAAGAUCUGUUGCGAUUUAUUCCUGUGUGCCAGAUGUGACAGGACAUUUCCAGACCAUGGAGGACGGAGUUCUGCAUAACACACCUUUUAGGAAAUGAGAUUUCUGUCAUAUUGUCAAGCAAUGUAUUACCUGCCUUCCAAUCCAGCUGCCACUCUGUACAGACCAAUUAAUGAUGCCGAUGUGCUGCCAAUUCAUGUAAAAUAAAAGCCCAUAACCCCA